UCUACCAAUGCUGCUCCCACGUGUGGCCGGGGCGCCCUGUGGGGGGACGGCAGUGGGGCCCCGUCGCCCCAGCCCUCCCCAUCGCGCGCAGGUUUUCCAGCGAAGGAGUGACGGCUCUGUGGACUUCUACCGGGACUGGGCCGCGUACAAGCAGGGCUUCGGCAGUCAGCUGGGAGAGUUCUGGCUGGGGAAUGACAACAUCCACGCCCUGACCGCCCAGGGAAGCAGCGAGCUCCGGGUAGACCUCGUGGACUUUGAGGGCAACCACCGAUUUGCCAGGUACCAGUCAUUCAGGAUGGAGGACGAGGCAGAGAAGUACAAGCUGGUCCUGGGAGCCUUCGUCGAGGGCAGCGCAGGUGAUUCCCUGACGUCCCACAACAACCACAGCUUCUCCACCAAAGACCAAGACAACGACAAAAAUACUGCAAAUUGUGCCGUGCAGUACCAGGGGGCCUGGUGGUACGCCAAUUGUCAUGUGUCAAACCUGAACGGUCGCUACCUUGGGGGGCCCCACGAGAGUUUUGCAAACGGCAUCAACUGGAGGUCAGGGAAAGGGUACAACUACAGCUACAAGGUGUCGGAGAUGAAGGUGCGGGCCACCUAGGGCGGGGCCGGCCGGCCAGAGCCCUCCCCAGGAAGGGGACGCGGACCUCCGCGUCACUAUCCUCCUGGGAGCAGAAGAGCCGCACCCUGUCCCCUGGGCAGGAGGCUCUCGCUCUGUGCCUCCACUGACUUCCAACCCUUCUGUCCCACUCACGAGGAUAAGAGAAAAUGCUAAUCCAGAUCUUGCCAGACACACAUAUUCUCAAUAAAGACACUUGCU